CGUUCUCGCUCCAAACCCUCGCGAGAAUUGUCUUCCCGGAACUUCCACGUCAGUGUCUAUUGCCCGUUUACUCAAAUCGCGACAUUUGGCUCGCGCAACACCAUUAUCUCAUCUUGUGUCGAAGAAACGGUGAUUGAAAAUGCCGCUGAGGCUUGACAUCAAACGGAGGUUGACAGCCAGGUCUGACCGUGUGAAAAGUGUGGACCUUCAUCCAACCGAGCCAUGGAUGCUGGCCAGUCUAUACAACGGCAGCGUCUGUGUGUGGAACCACGAAACACAAACACUAGUGAAGACGUUUGAAGUGUGUGACCUCCCCGUAAGAGCAUCCAAGUUUGUAGCCAGGAAGAACUGGGUCAUCACUGGAGCAGAUGACAUGCAGAUCCGCGUGUUCAACUACAACACCUUGGAGCGCGUUCACAUGUUUGAAGCCCACUCUGACUACAUUCGUUGCAUCGCUGUCCACCCAACACAGCCCUACAUCCUCACCAGCAGCGAUGAUAUGUUGAUCAAGCUGUGGGACUGGGACAAGAAGUGGUCCUGCAGCCAGGUGUUUGAGGGUCACACGCACUACGUCAUGCAGAUCGUCAUCAACCCAAAGGACAAUAAUCAAUUUGCCAGCGCCUCCCUUGACAGGACUAUCAAGGUCUGGCAACUGGGCUCGUCAUCUCCCAACUUCACUUUGGAAGGCCACGAGAAAGGGGUCAAUUGCAUCGACUAUUAUAGUGGAGGAGACAAGCCCUACCUGAUAUCAGGCGCUGAUGACCGCCAGGUCAAAAUCUGGGACUACCAGAACAAGACCUGUGUUCAAACUUUGGAGGGCCAUGCCCAGAACGUCUCCUGUGUCAGCUUCCACCCGGAGCUGCCGAUUAUAAUCACCGGGUCAGAGGAUGGUACGGUUCGCAUUUGGCACUCGAGCACGUACCGCCUGGAGAGCACGCUCAACUACGGAAUGGAGCGGGUAUGGUGCGUAUGCGGUCUCAGGGGCUCCAACAAUGUAGCUCUGGGCUAUGAUGAAGGCAGCAUCAUCAUCAAAGUUGGGCGCGAGGAGCCGGCCAUGUCAAUGGACACCAGCGGGAAAAUUAUCUGGGCCAAGCACAGUGAAAUACAGCAGGCCAAUUUGAAGGCCAUGGGUGACGCCGAGAUCAAGGACGGGGAGCGGCUCCCGCUGGCUGUGAAAGACAUGGGCAGCUGUGAAAUUUACCCUCAAACCAUCCAACACAACCCCAAUGGGAGGUUCGUUGUGGUGUGUGGAGAUGGCGAGUACAUCAUCUACACCGCCAUGGCUCUGAGGAACAAGAGCUUUGGCUCAGCGCAGGAGUUUGCUUGGGCACAUGACUCUUCUGAAUAUGCCAUUCGAGAAAGCAACAGUGUCGUCAAAAUAUUCAAGAACUUCAAAGAGAAGAAGUCCUUCAAGCCCGACUUUGGAGCUGAGGGUAUCUACGGUGGUUUCUUGCUCGGGGUGAGGUCAGUGAACGGUCUGGCUUUUUACGAUUGGGAGAACACCGAGCUGGUCCGCCGCAUUGAGAUCCAACCUAAACACAUCUUCUGGUCUGACUCCGGCGAGUUGGUCUGCAUCGCAACAGAAGAGUCUUUCUUCAUCCUUCGUUACAUGGCCGAUAAAGUCGCUGCCUCGCAAGAGAACAACGAAGGCGUGACAGAGGAUGGAAUUGAGGAUGCUUUUGAGGUCCAAGGAGAGAUCCAGGAGAUUGUGAAGACGGGACUCUGGGUUGGGGACUGCUUCAUUUACACCAGCUCCGUCAACAGACUCAAUUACUUUGUAGGAGGGGAGAUCGUCACCAUUGCUCACCUGGACAGAACCAUGUAUUUACUGGGUUACAUACCCAAAGAUGACCGCCUGUACCUGGGAGACAAGGAGCUCAACAUUGUCAGCUACUCCCUCCUGGUCUCCGUUCUGGAGUAUCAAACCGCUGUCAUGAGGAGGGACUUUGGGAUGGCCGACAAGGUGCUUCCCACAAUUCCUAAAGAACAACGGACCAGGGUGGCACACUUCCUGGAAAAACAGGGUUUCAAGCAGCAGGCGUUAGCUGUGUCCACAGACUCUGAACACAGGUUUGAGCUGGCCUUGCAGCUGGGAGAGUUGAAGAUUGCCUACCAGCUGGCUGUAGAGGCAGAGUCUGAGCAGAAGUGGAAGCAGUUGGCAGAGCUGGCUAUUAGCAAGUGCCAAUUUGGCCUGGCCCAGGAGUGUCUGCAUCACGCACAGGAUUACGGCGGCCUACUCCUCCUCGCCACCGCCUCGGGCAACGCCCCAAUGGUGGGCAAGUUGGCCGAGGGUGCCGAAAAGGACGGCAAGAACAAUGUGGCCUUCAUGACCUACUUCCUGCAGGGGAAACUGGAUCAAUGUUUGGAGCUUUUGAUCAGAACCAACCGCCUACCUGAAGCUGCAUUCCUGGCACGCACAUACCUGCCCAGCCAGGUGUCCCGUGUGGUCAAACUGUGGAGGGAAAAUUUGGCCAAGGUCAACCAGAAGGCUGCUGAAUCCUUAGCAGAUCCUACGGAGUAUGAAAACCUGUUUCCCGGUCUGAAAGAAGCAUUUGCAGCUGAGGAUUACCUCAAAGAAAAUUGCUCAGGCGCCACCAGGCCAGCCAAAGAUUAUCCCCUGGUCACUCUAAACGAAGACAGGAAUAUUAUAGAGGAGGCUCAAGGAUACCAGCCCAAAGGGAUCUUUCAGCUUUCUGCUACUGAGACAGAAGAAUGUGAAGACUCUCCUUUAGUGUCGGUCCCUGUAAUAGCAGCCGAGUCUUCAGUCAUGCCUUUAGAGCCCGAAACUGUCCCUCCACAGACUCAGGAGGAAAUCCCAGAGUUGUCCCAGUCGGAAAAAGAUCAGGAUCUGGAAGAGCUGGAAAUUGACCUGGACAAUUUGGAGGUAGAUGACAUCGACACCAGUGAUGUUAACCUGGAUGAUGACUUUCUAGAGGACUAGAGAUCUUCCACCAAUUUUGCUGUCGACCACCUCGAAGCUUAUUUAAAAAACAGAGACCAAACACCCCUGCUCCCUUUUUGUACUUAAAAAUGUUGUAUUGUCCACCUACAGAUUAAAAUAGACGACCAUGAGAUCAGUAAUAUUUUGUCCGCCGAGGAAUAGUAGACACGUCUACCGGUAUUUCAGACUCCAUUUUGUACACCAUUUAUUGACUGUUGGAGAUCAUUUCUCUAUUGCAUUAGCCUAUAUGUUAUGUUUAUUUUUUGCCUUGUCAAUGAUGAAAAUCUCGGAGGAUUCAGUCCAAUAAACUGCGGUUGCUGUACAUAUUUA